CUGAUUUGGCUUCAUCUACCCAUCCAUUUGACCACUGAACCCUUGACACUGUGGCUCAUCCCCUUUCUUAAAACCAUCUGAUGGCUCUCUACCUGCUCUCUACAAUCUUUCUACAAUCCUACAUUCCCUUAUCAGCACUGCCAGCUGCAAUGCACUCACCAUGUAAUCUGGAAUGCAGCGGAUUAUGAAGACCUUUCCCACCCCUGCCUGGCCCAUCAUUCGUUCUCUCUCUCUCCAUUUCUCUCCUCAUCCCUCCAUCCCUUCCUAUUUUGUACUGUGCCAGAACAUUCAUGCAGUGCGAUUAAAGUCGGUCACAAGGCAAAAUGAGGAUGUGAAAUAACAUGGCAAAAGAAACAAAGGGGAGGAAAGAACAUGCAGUGAGAGAGAAAACAGACAACAGAUGCAAGAUUCGAGAGCAUCAGGAUUAGUGCGCUCAGAAAAUCCUGGAAAUACCGUUUCUGGCUGAGGGAACAGGUCUUACUGAUCUCAUGACGUGACUGUUUUUUAACAUCACUACCCAUCAACUCUUGUUUAAGCAACUCCGCCCCCCUCUUGGGAUAUUCUGAAAACGGGGAUCGUAUGUCGCAAAGUUUAUGUAAUAAUCUGAGGACAGAAACCAAGAGUGAGUGAUAAAGAGGGAGGGGGAGAGACAGAGACAGAGGGAGGGACAGAGAUGACAAGAAAGAGUUGGAGCACUGAGAAUUAGAGAAAUACAAAUGAUGGGAGCAAAACCAUCUAAAAGAAGCAGUAUGAAGAAGGGGAGCCAGCCCCUGGAAGGCAGCGGGCUGCCAUUGGCAACCGCCAUGUUAGGAGCCAGCGGUGAUGCGGCAGCGGAGGAUGAGGAUGAUGAAGAGUUAGGGGACGGUCAGCAGUUUGAGGAGCCGUUAAGUGCACUGGUUCAGAACUGCACCAUGCUACACAACAUUGUUGGCCCCGCCUGCAUCUUCCUCCGACAGAGCUUCGCUCAGGCUCAACUCGACAGAGAUCUACGGCCAGAGGAAAUUGAAGAGCUGAAAGAAGCCUUUAGAGAGUUUGACAAAGAUAAGGACGGCUUCAUUACCUGUAAGGAUCUGGGCGAAUGCAUGAGGACGAUGGGCUACAUGCCUACAGAGAUGGAGCUGAUUGAACUCAGUCAGCAAAUCUGUGGCGGUAGAGUGGACUUUGAGGACUUUGUAGACCUGAUGGGCCCAAAGAUGUUGGCUGAGACUGCAGACAUGAUCGGAGUGAAAGAACUGAGAGAUGCUUUUAGAGAGUUUGAUUCCAAUGGUGAUGGUCAGAUCAGUCUGGCUGAACUGAGGGAAGCCAUGAAGAAACUGAUGGGAGAGCAGCUCAACCACAGAGAGAUUGAUGAGAUCCUCAGGGAUGUUGACCUCAAUGGAGACGGGCUGGUUGACUUUGAAGAGUUUGUCCGAAUGAUGUCUCGCUAACUUAGAGGACACAUGACAAAGGGAGAGAACAAUCAGUUUGCCAACUCCUAAUGUGAAAAAGUGAAAUACUAUGCGUCUCCUUUUAAUUAAAUACCUUAUAUAAUUAAACCAUACUCUUUCUCCAUAUAGAGAGCUUUAUUUCACACAUUGGCUUGUUUUUAUGAUAAAAAAGAAAGGAAAAACUGUGUUUCAACCAACUAACCAUGACCUAAAGUCAAAUUAGACAAAAGACCACAACAAAUUAACUCAUUUUUUAAAGAAGUUUCAUCAUCUGUUCAGAGUUGUAAGGGUAAAGACCAUAGUCUGUAGCACACAUUUUCUAUAAAAGCAUGCUAUAAAAAUUUUAACUACUGAAAAUUGUAUAUGAGAUGUAUAUGGUCAUUGUGGACUGACAAUGCAAAGGCAGGCAGAUAUAAAUCAGUAUUAUGUGUGUUUUAGUAGGUAAACCACUGGCUAAUGGGUCUAGAGUUCCUGUAUGAUGCUUUUAGGACUGUGUUAAUGCAGGAUUUUAGCAUGCAAAACUGGAUAUCAUAAAACUCCGGAAGUGUCUAGAAUUAUUGGACACAAUUACCUGAAGAUCCCUAGUAAAAACCUGUUUCUGACAACCAUGUGAUCUCUCUUUGCAUAUGUUUGUGUUUAAACCAAUGUUUUUUUCUAACUAUCUGUUCUUGCCAACAACACUAUAAAAAAGUUUUUAAGUAUUUUUAUUGUUAUUUUCUGUAUUCAUAAAGAUUGUAAAUAUUCAAUAACUAAGACAAUUAAAUGGAAUUCAUUUAAA